GUAUUAUAUUGUUGGGAAGUGAAUGAAAGAGGUGGCAGUAGCGCAUGCAGGUGAGGAUGGAUGAGGAGUGUGACUAUCUAUUCAAAACAGUGGUGAUUGGAGACUCGGGGGUGGGGAAAUCUAAUCUCCUCUCCAGGUUCGCUAAAGAUACCUUCCACUUGGAUUCCAAACCAACCAUUGGUGUGGAGUUCGCUUACAAGAAUGUGAGGGUCUGCGACAAUAAGGUUAUCAAGGCUCAAAUUUGGGACACUGCUGGUCAAGAGAGAUUCAGGGCAAUCACAAGUUCGUACUACCGGGGAGCACUGGGCGCGCUGCUGGUGUAUGACAUCACGCGGAGGGUGACGUUUGAGAACACAAAGAAAUGGCUGCUCGAAGUGAGACAGUUUGGAAGCCCGGAGAUGGUCGUCGUUCUCGUUGGCAACAAAUCUGACCUGGGAAGCAAUGCCCCAUCAUCAUCUUCAAGAGAAGUGCAGGCGGAGGAGGCGCAGAUCUUCGCCCAGUCAGAGGGCCUCUCCUUCUUGGAAACCUCUGCAAUGGGGAAUGUGAAUGUGGAAGAGGCGUUUCUGGAGAUGAUCACCAAGAUCCAUGACGUUAACAAGAGGCCGAAAAGCUUUGACGCUAACAAGAUGGUGAUCCACGACCCUCUCACUCUUCAAAUGGGAAAGGAGGUCAUUCACAUUGCUGCAACCAAACACGCUCCUAAUUGUUGUGCAUACUGACUGAUAUUAUAUUAUUGCAACUUCUAGCUGCAAAUCAAUUAAAUUGCUUAUGGUGAGAUGAUAGACCUCGUUUGGAUUGACUUCUAUUUCCCAUUACUUCCUGGAAUAGAGGUGUCUUCUAAUGUCCAUAUUUGCAUUGUAAAAUGAUGUUUGAAUCCACUUUUAUACCCACUUUUGUACCCAUCCAUGUUUGUGAAGUUAUUUUUUUUGUCUGUGAACUUCUUCACAUACAAAAUAUGUCUGUGAAGGAAUUCAAAGACAUAUUUUGUCUGUGAACCGGCUUCACAGACAAAAAAAUAGCCUUCACAGAGGUGGGUGUAAGGUGGGUACAACAACCAUGGUUGAUUUGCAUUAACAAGACCUAGCUAGCUAGCAGGACCGGCCCAGAGGGAGUUUAGGGUGUGCGACCGCACAGGACCCAAAAAAAUUGAGGGCCCAAAAUAUUUUUUUUUGUAGUAGUACUACUACUCUACUAAUGUAAUAAUGUAUGAUGAAUUGAUGAAAUAAUGAAAUUUAAAAAUUUGGUUGUUAUUUAGAAUUAAAUGUAAUUAGUUGAUGAGUUAAUUAGGCUAUUUAUAUUUAAUAAAUUUAUAA